AUGCCCCCACGGAAGUCCACUGAAAGUCGUAAGAGCGAUGUCUCAACCGCUCGCUUUGCCCUCAAGGAGGGUGCCAUCCCACAGCACAUCGCCCCGGCUCCCCCCAGCUCCUCCUCGCUCCCGGCGGCAUCAUUACCCACGGCCAAUCAGACCCAGGACGCCCCGGAUGUAACAGAGAAGAAGGGGGAUAAAGACCAAGAGAAGGAUAAGGAGGCAAAGGAAAAGGACAAGGACAAGGACAAGGACCCAAAAGGAGAGCAUAAGGAUGCCACUACAAUCGAGGAACUUACUCUCCCCAAAUCCAUCAUCACAAGGCUGGCCAAGGGUGUGUUGCCCCCAAAUACGCAGAUCCAGGGCAAUGCCAUUCUCGCCUUGAGCAAAAGCACUACCGUCUUCAUAAACUACCUCGCCACGUAUGCCAAUGAACACACGGUCAAUGCCGGAAAGAAGACUAUACUACCAAAUGACGUCUUCAAGGCCCUCGAGGAUACCGAGUUCGGUUUUCUCAAGGAGCGGCUAGAGGCCGAGUUUGCCAAAUUCAGCGCUAUCCAAACGGAGAAGCGCACAUCCUACCGUAACAAAGUCAAGGCCGCCAAGCAGGACGGCGCGCCCUCAAACGCGGGAGACACCUCCACGCUCUCCACCGCCACCGACUCCAAGGCGGGAGGAGACGACGUCGAGAUGGCCGACACCACCCUCGGUGCCGCAUCGGACGCGUCCGGGCCCCGCGCCAAGAAGGCUCGGAUUGAUCCCGCAGCGGCUGCCGCCGGGGACGAGCAGGAUGACGCCGAGACUGAGGAUGACGAGGAGCAUUUGCGGGAUGAGGACGAGGAGGAGCAGGAAGAGGACGAGGACGAAGACGACGGGGCCAGCGCCGAGGAGAGCGGAGAUGAGACGCAGGAUGCGAUUGAGGAAAGAAACGGGGUUGAGGAGCACGACGAGGCAUUGGACGGCGACGAGAGCGACUAA